UGUGUGGAUCGCUUGUGGAACGCAUAAUUGUGUAAAUCUUAUCAAAUAGCAAUAGUGAUAAUAAAUAUGUCGCAGAUCUACAUUAAUGGCAUGCGUGAUGAUCCCUCAGUGCGUGAAUAUGAUACAUUAGAUGCUUCCGUUCAGGAGCUGAUACAGGCAGCCGCGGCAGCCCGAAACCAGGCCUAUUGUCCUUAUAGCAAUUUUGCUGUGGGAGCAGCGCUGCGGACAAGCGACGGUUCCAUCUACUCGGGUUGCAACAUAGAAAAUUCCGCCUUUGCCGCCAGCAUUUGCGCUGAACGCACAGCUGCCGCAAAAGCCAUUAGCGAAGGGAAACGUGAAUUUAUAGCCUGUGCGGUGGUGGCACAGCAGGAGAAAGGCUUUACUACCCCAUGUGGCAUCUGCAGGCAGUUUCUGGCCGAGUUCGCAAUCAACGGGAAGGAUAUACCAUUAUAUGCGGCAAAGCCCACUAACUUGCCAUUGCGAGUGCUCUGCAGCAGCGUGUUGGAGCUGCUUCCGAAAAGCUUUAGCUUGGACAAUGGCAAAUAGGAAGAGCGUUCUUGGAUAUGCCUAUAGCUUAGACAAAUUGAUCAACCUAUUAAUAUAAUUUUUUAUUUGAUCUUUAUGAUCUGUACCUGUGUGCAAUAAUAAUAUGUGUAAUACUCUGUGCAAUA